AUGCCACCCCGCAGGGGGAAUGGUUCUGCAGGUGCCAUUUGCGACUCUGGCGAGUUGGAGCCCGCCCCCGACGAGUUCACCGACAACACAGUGAUCUGCUGCGACCAGUGCGAACGCGAGUAUCACGUCAGCUGCAUCAGGAGCAGAGGCGACCAGCUCGAGAGCUGCCCGGAAGGGCCAUGGCUCUGCAGCCAGGACUGUUCAAACAUAUUCCAGCGUCUGCAAGGGCUCGUUGGCAGAUCGAUCGCUACCUCAGUGGAGGGCCUGUCGUUCACACUCUUCAGAUCAUCCAAGCUCCCCGAGGAGGAGGCCAUGGCUGCCGAAGAGCACGGGAGGCUGCGUAUGGCGUUCGACGUGCUCCACGAGUGCUUCGUCACCCUCAUCGAGCCGCCGACGCAGAGCGACCUCAGCCACGACAUCGUCUUCAACAGAGAAUCAUGGCUGAGACGGCUGAAUUUCCGGGGAUUCUACGUGGUGGGCAUCGAGAAAGGCGGCGAGCUGAUAACCGCGGGCACUCUGAGAGUGUAUGGCGACAAGGUUGCAGAGCUGCCGCUUGUUGGGACCCGGUUCGCGCAUCGCCGGCAAGGAAUGUGCCACCUUCUGAUGAACAAUCUCGAGAAGUUGCUUGGUGAGUUGGGGGUGGAGAGGCUUGUGCUGCCUGCAGUGCCUGAGCUUCUGCAGACGUGGACGGAAUCCUUUGGAUUUCAAGUGAUGAGCCAGCCUGACAAGCUGGAGAUUGCAGAGCACACCAUCCUGUGCUUUCAAGGAACCACAAUGUGCCACAAGUUCAUCAACAAGGCGGCGGUUCCACAAAGAUGAAACAUCCUGCU